CACCCUUUCUGAUCCAUUAUGCAACUCUAGCUCAGGAACAUACAAUGCCCGUCCUGAUUGAAGUGUAAAAUUUAACGACAUCGAAAAACAGUGAACUUACAGAGUCAGUAUGGGCAUGAGAGCAUAAAUAGGCGAGCAAACUCUCGAUACAUAUCUUGGUGGCGGCGUCAUCCCAGCGGCAAUCCCCCAACUUCGAACCAACUCAAGGCCGCAAGGAAGGCUGCAGCAGCCUCCCCCCACAGUGAACAUCCAUCCGCCAGCCAGAACAAUUCCACCAGCACCCAGCCCGAUGCCAAGGCCAAAGAUCACCCGCUUCCUCUUUCGGCUUCACGACCACUGCCUCCGCACCCUUCGCCUGCAGAUAGGCAAUUUAACUAUACGCCGACAAAAUUGGGACAGAAAAAACACAAUCUUGAUGGGAAAAGGGAGAGAAGAGUACCUCGACGGCCUUGCGGAAAGGAACGAAAGCCGCAGGCCCGCAGAAAUACGAUAAGGGAGGAGGCGGCUGGAGGGGAGGAGGCGAAGCAGGAGAGAUGGGAUUAGGACGCCACCGCCCAACUGCAAGGGGCGGCGAAGGGGGAUGUAUUUGGCACUGUGGGGGGAGAGGGAGGUGGAAGAAGCCGCAUCGGCCGACUUCAAGGAAGGAAGCAGCGGCCGGCAUCGAGGCGGAGAGCGUUGGGCGAGGCGAAAGGCAAAUCAGAACUAAGUCGGCGGCGGAGGAGAUCGAGAUCGCCGAAGAAAUCGCUGAAGCUGGUAAAGAAUAGGAUCUAAUGCAGUAAAUGAGGUCGAUUUAUCCAGUUGUCAAAGAUAUGGAAGGAGAACAAGAAACUGGUAGUGAUACUGAAUCUAGAUUGAUCGCACCGGGUGUAGUAGCGAGGCUAAUGGGGCUUGAUUCUAUGGCAGUGCAGAAUUCAAUGAGAAGGAAAGCGAAAGCUCGAAAUAAGAACUGUUUAAGCACUGGUUUUGUGGGAGAGUUUCAUCAAUGCCAAUGGCAGGAGGGUGGCAACUCUAUGCCAUGUGAGGUUCAUUCUUUCGCAGGUGAAGAAGAUUGUAGAGAUAUAUAUGAAGUAGAACAGCCGCUAAAGAAUACCUGGUCUGAAGAACAGUUGUAUCAACGACGAAUGGCCCUUGUUCGGGAGAAGUUCAUAGAAGCAAAAAACUUGGCCAUUCAUGGCAAGUUCCUUGAGUCUAAGGAGUUCCAAGAUGCAGUAGAGGUUUUGAACUCGAACAGAGAUUUGUUCCUUAAAUUUCUGGAAGAACCAAACUCAAUGUUCAGAAAACAUGUCUUGGAGCCACAGAGCGUUUCUCAACCCUCUCAGAUGACUCGUAUUACUGUGCUGAAACCUUCCAAUACCAUGGACAGGAAAGCUAAAAGAUUGAUGGAAAAACGACGGCUAUCAGAUUCUGAUGAAAGUGUGGGGAAAGCAAAUAGGCAUUGGAGCACUGGUUUCUCUGAGCCUGGAUGCAAUGCUUUAUCCUCACCGACAAGGAUAGUUGUUCUGAAGCCAAGCCCUGGAAAACCCUAUGACACAACGACUAUACUUCCCAACAAUUUCCCAACAUUGAUGGGUACACAUAGUUCUAUUGGAGAUGUGACUUGUGAUGAUGAAUCAGUAAGUUCAAGAGAAGCAGUUGAGAAGAUAAGUUAUCAGGAACAAGAAAUCCAGGGUAGAAGCAAAAAAGAUGAAGCUUUAUCGUCCUCAGUAUUAUCAAAUGUAUACAUUGGCCAUCAGAGCUCAUUCAACAAGUCAGGAAUUGCAUACUUGGACUAUGAGGUUAAAAGUACAAGGCAUUCUGAGAUGGCAACUUCAGCUACAGAGCGUUCUUGGGACAGAAGUGGUAGUCCAGUAACAGCCUCAUCCUUUGAUCAAACAUCUGAUUCUCCUGAAUCGUCGUUUAUUAUAGAAGCCAAGAAAAAGCUGUCGGAGCGGCUAGCUUUGGUGGCAUCAAAUGCCAAUUUUCAGGAGCCAAGGCAUGUAAGGAGAUCCAGAAGGAUGCUAGGGGAGAUGCUUGCUAUUCCUGAGUCGACAAAAGAAGGAAUCAAUGAGGAGCUAACUCAUUCCAAGUUUGAUGCAGAAUAUGACCCAAAUGCACUCUCCGAAUUCUUGUUAAAACUUAGGCCCAAGGAUGAAUAUACUGAAGAAAUUCCCCAACUUAAUGCAGGGAUGUCUAGUUACUCAAUCUCUAAAUCUAGUGUUCAAAAAGUAGCUCAAAAGCCAAAUAAUGGGAGGUUAUCUGUGAAGGAUAAGAUCUCAAGUUUUUUCUUAUCUAGAAGCAAAAGGCCAAGAGGAGACAAGCAUUCUAUAGCUCGUUCAGUUGAUGAUGUUUUAUCAUCUUUUAAUGCUACUUUCACACCACAAAUCCUAGGUGCUUCUGAUGGACCAUAUGAUAGACCAACUGAAAUCUUGAUGUUUCCUGAGGUUGCCCCUAUCGAAAAUUUUGAGGAAGAACAAGAUAAGUCUAACAACGGUUCAGUUUCACAAGCAAAAUUACGAUUCGAUGUAAACAUUGGUAUAUCUCCAGCAUCUGGAGGUUCUAUUGUUAGACGUCCAUCAACGUCUAGAUCCCUACCGAUUGAAUCCAUGGCUCGUUCAUUAUCACAUUGUGCCUCUUGCUUUGAUUUAGCGUCACCAAAGUCCUUGAAUUCUUUUAUGACUUUCACGAAGGCAGAUGAAGAGCAUGAUCAAUUUGUCUUUCUUCAGAACUUGUUAUUGUCCUCUAGACUGGACAGCAAAAAGAGGAUGGUUUAUGAAGGGUGGCAUUCGAUCGAUAGUCCUUUGAAUCCAUCUCUGUUAUACAAGUCGUGCCACAUGGAAGACAAGGAAGAGAAAUGUCGAAAGAGAUGUUCCAGCAGGAAGUUGCUGUUCGACUCUGUAAAUGCUGCAUUAUUGGACAUCGACCAAUCUGCACUGUUUGCAGCAUAUCCGUGGAACCGAAAGCAAUUCCAUGAGUUCUAUGAAGAUGGUGAUGCUGCAGUGACAGAGCAAGUAUGGAAGAUUGUUAGAAAAGGUGUGGUAGGCGAUAAGGGGGAGCUGAGUUGCAAUGGCAGUGUGGUAGAUCGGUCGGUGAACGAAGAGGUGGCCGGGAAGGGAUUGGAUCAAACAAGGUGGUUGGAAGUGUGUGAAUUCAGCAAGGAGAUUGGUGGGGAGGUGAUGGAGGAGCUGGUCGAAGAGUUGCUGUCUGAAUUACUAUCUUCUCGCUGACCCAACCAAUCAAAGUUCUCUUCUUUUGUGUUUGUGAAUUCUUUCAAUCGAAAUCCAUUGUUGAAGGUUAUGAUAAGGUGGUGCUCGGUUGGACGUCACACACCUAAUAGAAUAUCAAGUUGCCCGCAAUUUGUAAUGUGUUUGUCAUUUGUGUUUCUUUUGCGAUACAUGGAAUGCAGGGGGAAUUCCUUAUUUCACUCGAUCAUCUUGAUUCAUGGAUGAAUCAGACUCCCAGUCGACCGAAAUUGCCUACUCAUUUAUCAAAACCAAGGGGUUAAGAUGAUCAUCCAUCUAAUAUUUCAGAAAUCAAGCGUGUCUGAAAGGAAUUUCCCGACUUUGCCUUCUUACUUACCCGCAGGAUGAGGCUGGUAACCAUCGAGCACCAUCAUUGCUGCUAUGCUGAGUUUGCGAGUGAGAGAGGUUCAUUUUCGGAUAUGAUUAGAGAAGAGCAGAAGUGUCGAUAGUCUGUGCCCGUAAGUAGACGUUGUCGGCUUAGCAUGACCAAGUUGUUCCUUGUGUGCUGGCUUGAGUUGUAACUAACUUGACAUGUGCAGAGUUAAUUUUUAACUCUCA